AUGAACACAGGAUUUAUAAUGGCAAUUCUAUUUACGUUGUUCAUGUUUCUGAAGACGAAGGAGAAGAUGAUGAGGAGAGAAGAUGAAGCCGAAGGGUCUGUCUCUGACGCCGGGCUGUGGUGGCAGACGCUCCUGUGCGGGGACCGACGGCAGAGCAAGGCACAGAAGACGCUUCCUCUGCCAAUGCUGUUCAGGGAGGCGGCGGCCGCGGCGAGCGACGCCAACGUGUUCCUGACGGAGACGGCGUGCAGGGCGCGGCCGGCGCCCCGCGCCUGGUGCGCCGUCGAGAGCUGGGCCCGCCAGAACCCGGCGUCCCGCGUGUGGUACCUGCUGACGGCGCCGCAGCUGGACGACUCCGACGGCGUGGCGUCGCUCCUCCUGCGGGCGUACGGGAACCUCCGCUUCGCCUCCCUGGACGCCGGCGAGCUGUUCAAGGGCACGGCGCUCGAGGGCGUCUUCGCCUCCGCCGCCUGGUUCCUCCACUCGGCCCACCCCCCCGUGGUGCUGAGCGACCUCCUGCGGGCGGCGCUGGUGUGGCGCUUCGGGGGCUUCUACUGCGACUCGGACACGGUCUGCCUGAAGGACACCAGCGCCCUCAGGGACGUGGCCAGCUACGCUCAGCAGGACGUCGGCAAAAUCGGCAGUUUCUGCUUCCACUUCCGAGAUCAUCAUCGGUUCCUGGAGACGCUCAUGGAGGUCCAGAAGGAGAAUUUCCAGCCGAACACAUGGGAUUCCGUCGGGCCUCUGUCGUUCACCAAGACGUCGCGACGACUCUGCGGCGAGGACGACCUGUCCAGGCUGAGCCCCGCCGGGAGCACGACGCCCGUGAGCUGCGGCGACUUCCGGCUGCUCCCCCCGCGCUUCCUCACGCCCGUCCUCUUCUACGACGUCGGGGAGAUCUUCGCGCCGGGGGCGGGCAGGGACUUCGCCAGGAAAUUCAACGGCACCUACGUCCUGCACACGUACACGAGCCGCAGCAAAGACACCCCCUUCCGCGCGGGGUCCGAGAGUCACUUCGAUGUGGCGGCCAAGAUGUCCUGCCCGAUCACCUACGAGCUCCUCUUAAGGAACGCUACUGCUGUCUAG